AUCAAGUACGGCCCUAUUAAUUCUGGCCCUAUGAGUGUACUGCAUGCUAUCCUUACUCAUGACAACCCUAAUCUAAGCAAAACUCAGCCAGAAGAACAUGACUGUAUUCAUACUAUACAUACACAUACCUCCCCACGCUUAGACCUCAUGGAUACCCCUCAGCCAGGUUCUGAGGAUGUGUUUGUGGAUGGAUCUUGUUCCCGACCUGUUGACGGUCAGUACCAGACUGGGUAUGCAGUAGUCCAAUUACCUGAUAAGGUCCUUGAGGCUAGCUCCAUACCCCACAUGUCAGCCCAAGCUGCUGAGUUGGUUGCCCUCACACGUGCAUGCACUCUAUUCACUAACAAAGAUGUAAAUAUUUACACUGACUCACGUUACGCUCAUGGGGUUGUGCAUGAUUUUGGAAUGAUUUGGAAACAAAGAGGAUUCAUUGCAGCUGAUGGUAAAGGCAUUUCUCAUAAGACAUUAAUUGAAGACCUCUUGCAUGCUUUGCAACUUCCUCGUACAGUGUCUAUCAUUCACUGUAGAGCUCACACUCAAGGUAGGGAUGAUAUAUCCCUAGGCAAUGCACUAGCAGAUAGAAUUGCCAAAGAGGUAGCAUCUCAGACCAUUUAUUAUCGUAUGAUAUUUUCAAUUUUUAGUCCCCCUAAAUGCCCAGAAGAACAGUUGUUGCAAGAACUUCAGGGUUUUGCAACCCAUGAAGAUAUUGCAUACUGGAAAAAACAAGGUUUGGAAAAAGACCAAAAUGGCCUUUAUUCCAAAGAGGGGAAGAUAGGGAUACCAGAAAGCAGUGCCCCUAUUUUUAUUUCCCAGGCACACGGAGUGGGUCACAAGGGUCUUAAGGUUACUUUGGGUCUUAUUCAACAACAUUUUGUAAUCUUGAAUCUUUCUCUCCACUGUCAGGUAUACUUACAGAGGUGUGUCCAAUGCUUACAGACCAAUACUACUGUCACACACAAGGCUAGACAUGAACACCUCCCACCACCUACAGGCCCUUUCACCCAUUUACAGGUAGAUUUCACCCACAUCCCCAAAACAGGUAAGCGACAACAAUACUUACUGGUGAUUGUGGAUCACUUCUUAAAAUGGCCCGAGGCCUUUGUUACUAAUAAGGAGGAUGCUAGGACUGUGGUGAAAAUACUGACCACUGAAAUUAUUCCUAGGUAUGGCUGCCCAUUGCAGAUCAAUUCUGAUAAUGGCCCUGCCUUUGCUAGCAAAGUUACACAGGAACUGGCCAAAUGGUUACAGGUUACCUGGAAAUUUAAUGUACCCUACCAUCCCCAGAGUUCAGGUAUAGUAGAAAGAAUGAAUAGGACAAUUAAGGAGAAACUGAUGAAGGCCACAGAUGGCACAUGGGUUCACUGGCAAACAUACUUACCUGCUAUUUUAGCUGAAAUAAGAAUGACCCCUAGCAGGACUACUAAAUUGUCACCGUUUGAGAUACUCAUGGGAAGACCAUUUCCUACUCCUUGGGUGAAGGGACGAUUUGUUAUUAUGCCUGGUGAUUUAGACUUAAUCCAGGAAGAAUAUGUUAAACAGUUAAUUUUUAAACUCAACUCUGUAUAUGGUGAUGUUUCCGUGCAGUUUCCUCUACCCUCACAGGAACCUACACAUCCUUAUCAGCCUGGUGAUCUGGUCUGUAUCCGACAGCUGAACAAGAGCAGGAAGGGAAAGUUUCCUUUUGGUCCGCCUACCACUGUGAUUGCCGUGACCCGAACCGCUGUGCUCACCGAUUCCCAAGAUAUCUGGAUCCAUGCAUCCCGUCUGAAGCCGUGUCCAAAGAGAG